AAAGAUUUAUAUAUAUAUAUAGAAAUAUAGAGAGGAUGUUUUUUUGCUUUAUGGAACCGGCUAUACGUUGUCGUUUUAUAAUAGCAAAGCGCAUGGUUCCCUUCGUGAUUUCCGUGUACUUUUAUCGCUCGCUCGCGAAUGAUUUCCUGCGCGAUGACGAGAACACACCCGAGCGUGAUGUAUAUUCGUUUUAAACGGUGGUCGUUGGAUCGAUUUUCCCUCUGCCACCUGUAUACUGUUACACAGUCGACCGCACACUCAUACGUAUAGGAAGGUAAAAGCUGUGCGAAGCUAAUGGCAAGGUAAAGCCUCGCCUCGCAGUGCGCCGCGUAAUUCGACGGCGAGGAGCUGCGCGUCAACGGGUGAAUUUGUGACUUCCGCUUUAUAUUCACGCACAAUUAAAAUACAUGAUUGGAAGUUUGUGCGUGGAUGAUAACGCGGACAUUGUUCACGUAUCCGUGUUACGUGUGUGCGAUUUGUAAAACAAAAAAAAGAGCCACGUUCUUGCAUUUAUAACGCGAGUGGUGUAAAGUAAUUAAUUACUUCAGCGUUAAAUUAAUUACAAUUAUUAAGUGGAUGAUUGUGUCAUUCCGAUAAUCAGUAUAACAGAUUGUAAUACUGGAACGCGUGCUUAUCGCCAGUGUUCAUCGGGUGGAAAAAUACUACUAUAUUUGUGACGUCAAGCCCGUGUAACUCGGAUUCGAAGAGAAACGACACCCGUUUGCGUGAAGAAGCGAAAGAUCGCUCGAGCAGAAUUUAGCGGGCAUCGGGAAAUGUUUCCUUUCCAAUGCGAAAGCUUUCCGAAACACACGUCGUUGAUGAGAUAAAUUUUGUAAUAAAAUUUGAUUUCUGACCGAUUAAAUUGAAGGGGAGGUUGAUUAAUAAAUUUUAAUUCUUUAAUUGUGGUUUCACUUGUCAUAAAUCAAUGUAAAGAUAUUGGUGCAAUUCGAUGGAGAAGAAAAUUUGUCGUGACGGGAAAUGUGAUAAUACUCGCUUUGCGACACGAACAGCGCGCGAAUAACUCUGAUACCCGCGAUUUGUAAGAUCACGAAAUCGAUAAAAUGAAGUGGAAGAAAGGAACGUGCGAGUUUCUGUCGGAGAAAACGUUUCUCAUAAUAAAAGAUGAUUUGAAGUUUUUGAAAGGUGCGACCAAGAGAACGGACGGCGGGAGGAUAACGCCGAGAAAUGCGGCGAACACCGGCACCUGGCCGCCCAAGAUGAAGCGCGUGAACGCGGAAGAGCCGGAGAGGCCGAAAACGGCGAAUCUCUCGCGACCGAGCGUGCUGGACCCCGCGCUCGUGGACAAGCUCGACAUGUCGCUGCUCAGUAAGGAGCUGCUGUGCAACUCGAUGACGCGGUUCCAUCAACCGGCUGCGAACACCGACAAGUCGAUCAACGGGGACACGACGGCGUCAUCGUCAUCGUCAUCAUCAUCGUUGUUACUGGUGCCAUCGUCGCCAUCGGCGACACGACGACGACGCCGCCGGAGCGCCGCCGCCGUCGCUGCCGCGACGACGACCACCACUUGUUCGUCCCGCUCCGAAGACGCUCCUCCAGUGACGCGCCAUCAGCGACGGAGUUUCGAGCAGAUUCGCGAACCGCGGAUCGCUACAGAUCGUCAGAUGGAGGAGAUCGACCGAUUGCGAUCGCCUAACGGAAGUCAAAAGAUUACGUCACCCAUAGGCAUCGCGACACGAAACCCCGAUGUCAGGAAACUCGACGAUAACAAUAAUAGAAACGGCUCUCUCAAAGUGCUAUCCACGGUGAAGAAGAAGAAGAAUUCGCGGGCUGGUCUGCCAAGCGAUUUGGAAAUCUUCACCGCCGCCGCAUCGACAGCGAAGAGCGCUCCGGAACCCUGCAAGACCUGCGGACGUCCGGAUCAGCCGGAGAGAUUUCACAGUCAUCCGAAGGGCAGUCAGACCAAGAUCAAAGACAUCCCGACCUCGACGUCGACGAUGAAGCCGAAGUGUGUAGUGCCACCGGUGCCUAAGUCUAUCCAGAAGCCGGUGGCGUUGAACUUUCGCAGCGAUCGAAACAGAAACAAGCCGGACGAGAUUGAGACGAUACCGGUCGUUUCUCAGGAUCGUCCUUCCCAGGACUCGAGCCAGCAGGUCAGGUCGUCGUCCGCAUCGAUGAAACGGGGUCCCAAGACGGUCACGUGCUACAUCUGCGGCCGGGAAUUCGGCACCGCCAGUUUUCCCAUACACGAGCCCAAGUGCAUGGAGAAAUGGGAACGCGAGAAUAAUUCGCUGCCUCCGUCUCAAAGACGACCCAGGCCGCAAAGACCCGUGGUCGGUGUCGAACACAGUGAUUGGAAUGCAUCCGCUUGGGAACAGAGUCAGGAGCAAUUAGUUCCAUGCGCAAAGUGUGGAAGGACAUUUUUGCCGGAACGACUGCCGAUCCAUGAGAGAAGUUGCAAGGCUACUCCCAAGAACAACGAACGACUGGCCACACCAGCGACUGGGCGCAAUGUUGUGCCACCAACUGUUCCCUGUCGGAUUUGUGGACGAAAUUUCGGCACCAGAAGCAUCAAGAUCCAUGAGCCUCAAUGUAGUAGACGAUGGCAGCAGAUGCAAAACGAUUUGGCGAGCGAGCAGAAAGAUCAGCUGACCCUUCAGAGGCAAAAAUCGGCCAAAAACCAGGAAGGUUCACCAUCGAUAUAUCCGGAUUUAUCACAAAAAAGGACCAUCACGUGUUACAUUUGUGGUAGAGAUUUCGGAUCCUCCAGUAUUGCCAUUCACGAGCCGCAGUGCCUGAAGAAAUGGCACGCCGAGAAUGACAAACUGUCACCGGCCCGAAGAAGAAAGGAGCCGCAAAAACCGGACGUCAUAUACAUACAUACGAUACAAUCGGCAAUGACGACUUCACUGUUCGCAGAAGAUUCCAGCACGGGAAAUAUGAUGUUUGAUCAGGCGGCGACGGCAGAGGCCAAUUGGAUGACGCAUUUGAGCCAGCUGGUGCCUUGUAAGCGUUGUGGAAGAACCUUUAAUCCGGAUCGCGUGAACAUUCACGAGAAUAGCUGUAAAGGAAAUCGUUGAGACUCCAUUGCACUGCGAUUUGCUCUUUUUGUUUAAUUUUAGAAGUUCGAUUUUGGGUGGAUAUAGAUCUAACUAUGAACAAGCGGUAGAAUAUAUAUAACAAAUCGCUAAUAUCUUUUUUUAGAGGUGAUUCUCAUCUGUGUUUUUAUAUGAAGACUAAAUAUUAUAAUAUAUUAGCUCGCCACUUUUGUAACAGUAGAGUGUUCAUAUGGAUUUGUAUAGUUCUAUUUAUUAACUUACUUUGAUUUAGGUUUGCAUUUACGUAAUUCGAGUUAACGAUUCCUCUUGUUUUCUCGUUUAAAAGUAAUAUAGUCUCUAGCUAGGAGACUCAAAUAUAUAUAUGCAACACUUGACGUGUACUUUGCGUGAACACAAAUGUUAUUAGAUACUGUUAAUAAAUAGUGUUGGAAUUAGGCAUGUAUAAAAUACACGUUAUAUUUCUUAGAUAAAAGUUAAUUUUAUCUACAAGAAUACAUAAUGUAUAUAUACAAACAAAUUAUCAUUACUCCAGUUCGCGGAUUCUUCUGUUAAUUGAUAUUAUCUUAGCGAAAAUAAUUGAUCGUGCGAUUAAAAAGUUUACACAACACAGAGUGACUUUGUAAUUGAAAUAAAUAAAAAAAAAUUUUAUAAAA